AUGGUGACCCUCUCCUCCAACCUGAGAGGCUAUCUACUUCGACUAUCCCAGAAAGAGUGCACACGUGGGAAAAUGAUGUACUCUUGUAUUCGGCUUCAGUCGGCGAUAGAAGCAGCAUACAAAGGGGCUGAGAGGCAAGAUGUCUUCUGGCCAGCAGACAGUCAGCUUACGUCAGAUCUCUCCUUGAAUACUCCUUCAAUUAAUAUUGCACGACUUACCCUUUCGCUGCUAGAGGAAGCAAGCAUAUACCGUCUGCAGCCGGCACUUCUCGAAUUCGACCUCCUCAAAUUCCAGUCCAUCAUGAGCAAAGGAAGAGCAUUCUUGGACUAUUUCAUAUCUGUUCCGACGUCAGACUUUGCCAACUUAUCAUUUGCUGAAUGGGAGCGACUAAUUGCAGCCAUCCAUGUUAUUACAGAAAUUAUCUCAGCCGCAGCUAGCUUACCAGGUAUCGUUGCAGCGGUUGGAGAGGAGUCCCGGACCCUAACCAGAUACCUUGAGUGCUUGGCAAAUCGGAUGGAAAAGCUUUCACAGUCUGGUAGGAAUCCCGGUGAACAUCCGGAUAUGUUUUAUUUGUUCAAGUCUGUCUUGGAUCUACUCUGUCCCCUCCCUCUCGCCGCAACCUACGACCAAGGGUUGCCUCCAGCUGUGAAUCCUGAGCCGCACCACGGAAAGAAGCGAUGUCCAGUUCUGUCUGGUAUUCGAGAAACACAAUUCUGGGAUGCAUACCAAACCUCUCUUCCUGCGGAUGACAUUGACAUCGAUCUAGAUAUGUUGUUCACGAAUGAGUUUCUAUCAGAACUAUCACCCGAGCAGUGGAUGGAUGCGUCCGAAGAUACCAGCUACACAUGA